AUUAUUACACUUUCCGAACGCUUUCAGCUGUCAAAUGUUUGUAUGCUGAUUGUGGUAACACUGACAAUUUCCGACUUCCAUCUUUUUGCAUUAAGGUUACCGAGAUGCCGCCUAAGAAGGAUACAAAGUCCUCGGCUAAACAGCCACAAAAAACUCAAAAGAAGAAGGAAGGUAGCGGCGGCGGUAAGGCUAAGAAGAAGAAGUGGUCCAAAGGCAAAGUCAGGGAUAAGUUGAACAAUCAAAUUCUUUUUGAUAAAGCCACCUAUGAUAAACUCUACAAGGAGGUACCACAGUACAAAUUGAUCACACCCUCAGUUGUAUCUGAACGUUUGAAGAUUCGUGGUUCAUUGGCAAAGAGGGCUUUGGUUGAAUUACGUGAUAAGGGUUUGAUUAAACAAGUCGUGCAACAUCAUUCCCAAGUUAUCUACACUCGUGCUACCAAAGGUGAUGAUGCUUAAAUGUUAUACCUUCGAUUACAUUUUAUUUACAAAUUCUAAUUGUAAGGAAUGAAAUUAAGGGUAAAAUAAAAAUCCUUUUUUUUUUAAAUAAGAA